CCCACUGCUGGCUGCCCUAGAGUCCUUGGCAGCCCUGCCCUUCCACGGGGUCAACUGUCAUAGCAUGCUAGGGGCACAGAGCUGGACUCUCAGCAGACUGUGAGGCUGAGGUGCCCUAGGGUGCCCUGGUGUGCCCAGCAAGCACAGUGUAUAUCUCCUCCUUAGGCACCAGAGCCAGAGUCAAACCUGCUAUGGACUUCCUGCUCCAGCUUCUCCAGUCGGUCUCAUUUAUCUCGGCAGGCCUGGCCUCAUGGGGUGUCUCCAGUCCCCAGGAUGUGAAGGGCGUGAAGGGGUCCUGCCUCAUCAUCCCCUGUGUCUUCAGUUUCCCGGCUGACGUGAAAGUGACCAAUCGCAUCACAGCCAUCUGGUACUACGACUACUCGGGCAACCGGCAGGUGGUGAGCCAUUCGGAGAACCCCAAGCUGGUGGAGGCACAGUUUCGUGGCCGUGCCCAGUUCCUGGGGCACACGGAGCACAAGAUGUGUACCCUGCUGCUGAAGGACCUGCGGCCUGAGGAUUCGGGCUCCUACAACUUCCGUUUUGAGAUCAGUGAUGUCAACAGCUGGUCUGAUGUUAAAGGCACUGUGGUCACUGUGACAGAGACGCCCGAGACACCCACCAUUGCCUCGGCGGCAGAGCUUCAUGAAGGCACAGAGGCCUACUUCAACUGCUCCACUCCCUACGCCUGCCCGGAGGAGCACAUCAGCCUGCAGUGGCAAGGCCAGGACCCCUCACGCUCGGUCACCUCCAGCUUCCAGAAUCUCAAGCCCACGGGCAUCAGCCACCUGGGGACCCUCCAUAUGGCCCUGUCCUGGCAGGACCACGGCCGGACCCUACAGUGCGAACUCUCAGUGGCCAAGCAGAGGACUCAGGGCAAGAUUCACCUCCAAGUGCAGUAUGCCCCUAAGGGUGUGGAGAUCCUUCUCAGCCCCUCGGGGCGGAACAUCCUUCCAGGUGAUCUGGUCAUACUCACCUGCCAGGUGAACAGCAGCUACCCUGAGGUCAGUUUUGUGCAGUGGACCAAGGAUGGGAUGCAGCUCCAAGUCCAGGGUCGUAUGCUGAAGUUGUCCCAGGCAACCCUGGGCGAUGCUGGUAACUACACCUGCAAAGCUGGAAAUGCCGUGGGCUCCUCAGUCUCACCCCCCAUCAGCCUCCACAUCUUCAUGGCUGAGGUCAAAGUGAGCCCAGCAGGCCCUAUCCUAGAGAACCAGACGGUGACACUGACCUGCAACUUGCCCAAAGAAGCACCCAGCGAGCUGCGCUAUAGCUGGUACAAGAACCACGUCUUGCUGGAGGAUGCCCACAGCCACAUUCUGCAGCUGCACUCAACCACCAGGGCUGAUACUGGCUUCUACUUCUGUGAGGUGCAUAAUGCCUAUGGCAGAGAGCGCUCCGGCCCUGUCAGCGUGGUGGUCAGCUACCCACCCCUUACCCCGGAUCUAACUGCCUUCCUGGAGACACAGGAGGGGCUAGUUGGCAUCUUUCAUUGCUCGGUGGUCAGCGAGCCCCUGGCCACCCUGGUGCUGUCACACAAUGGCCUUGUCCUGGCCUCCACCCAAGGGGAGGGUGACCACAGCUCACGCUUCAGUGUCUUCUCCACCCCUAACUCCCUGAAUCUGGAGAUCCGAAACCUGGGGCCAGCUGACAGUGGGGAAUAUACAUGCUCCGCCACCAACUCCCUUGGGAAUUCAUCCUCUACCGUGGGCUUCCAUGCUAAAGUGGCCCACCUUCUCAUCAGCCCCGCAGCAGAGGUGGUAGAAGGACAAGGAGUGACACUGAGCUGCAGGAGUGGUCUCAGCCCGACGCCUGACAUCCGCUUCUCUUGGUACCGGAACGGAGCUCUGCUUCACCAGGGGCCCCACAGCAGCCUUCAGCUCCCGGCGGCCUCCAGCACCGACGCCGGCUCUUACCACUGUCAGGCUGAGGAUGGUCACACUGCCAGCGGCCCCUCCUCACCUGCCAUCCUCACCGUGCUCUAUGCCCCACGCCAGCCCACGUUCACUGCUCAGCUGGACCCCAAUGCCUCAGGAGUUAGGGCUAGACGUCAAGGGCUACUCUUGUGCCGUGUGGACAGCAACCCCCCAGCCCAGCUUCGGCUACUCCACAGGGACCACGUUGUGGCCUCUUCCCUGCCAUUGGGCUGUGGGGGCUGUUCCCAGCGGCUAAAGGUUACCAGAGCCCCCAACCUGCUGCGUCUGGAAAUUGGUGAGCCAGUGCUGGAGGAUGAGGGUGUGUACCUGUGUGAGGCCAGCAAUGCCCUGGGCAACACCUCUGCCUCUGCAAACUUCGAUGCCCAGGCCACCACCCUGGUCAUCACGCCAUCACACACGCUGCUGGAGGGCACUGGAGCCAACCUGACUUGCAGUGUGAGCCGGGAAGCCAGUGGCCCUGCCAACUUCUCCUGGUUCCGGAAUGGGGCCUUGUGGACCCAGGGCCCCCUGGAGACUGUGACGCUGCUGCCUGUGGCCAGAACAGAUGCUGCCGUCUACGCCUGCCGCAUCCUCACAGAGGCUGGGGCCCAGCUCUCCACCCCGGUGGUCCUGAGUGUGCUCUAUCCCCCUGACCCUCCAAAGCUGUCAGCCCUCCUGGACGUGGGCCAGGGUCACAUGGUAGUGUUCAUCUGCACUGUGGACAGUCGCCCUCUGGCCCAGCUGGCCCUGUUCCAUGAGGAGCGCCUCCUGGCCACCAGCCUGGGGCCCCUGCUCUCCCUCCGUGGCCGUCUCCAGGUCAAAGUCUCAGCCAACUUCCUGCAGCUAGAAGUUCAAGACUUGAGCCUUGGGGACUCUGGAAGCUACCGCUGUGAGGCCACAAAUGUCCUCGGAUCCACCAACACCUCUCUCUUCUUUCAGGUCCGAGAAGCGUGGGUCCAGGUGUCCCCAUCACCUGAGCUCCGGGAGGGCCAGGCUGUGGUCUUGAGCUGCCAGGUGCCCCCAGGGGUCCUGGAGGGGACUUCAUACCUCUGGUAUCAGGAUGGCCAGCCCCUCCCAGAGUCGAACUCGGCCACACUACGCUUUGCAGCCAUUACUUUGAGCCAGGCUGGGGCCUACCAUUGCCGAGCCCAGGCUCCAGGCUCAGCCACCAUGAGCCUGGCUGCUCCUGUCAGCCUCCACGUGUCCUAUGCCCCUCGCCAGGCCACGCUUACCACCCUGAUGGACACAGGCCCCAGGCGACUGGGCCUCCUCCUGUGCCGUGUGAAGAGUGACCCUCCAGCUCACCUACGACUGCUCCACGGGGACCACCUCAUGGCCUCCACCCUACAAGGUGUGGGGGAGCUUGCAAGUAGCUCUCCCCGGCUGCAGGUGACUGUGGCCCACAACACACUUCGCUUGGAGAUCCAUGAUGUAGUGUUGGAGGAUGAGGGCGUCUACACCUGCCAGGCCAACAAUACCUUGGGCCAGGCCUCAGCCUCUGCCACCUUCGAUGCCCAGGCUGUGAGUGUGCAUGUGUGGCCCAAGGCCAUCGUGCAGGAGGGGCAGCUGGUGAACCUGACCUGCCUUGUGUGGACCACCAACCUGACUCAGCCCACCUACACCUGGUACCGUGAUGGGCAGCAGCGCCCAGGUGCCCUCUCCAUCCUUCUGCCCAAUGUCACAGUCAUGGAUGCUGCCUCCUACCGCUGUGGUGUAGUGAGGCCUGGCCAGGCACCCCACCUCUCCAGACCUGUCACUCUGGAUGUCCUCUAUGCACCCCGCAGCCUGCGCCUCACCUACCUCCUAGAGAGCCGUGGUGGACGGCUGGCCCAGGUACUGUGCACUGUGGACAGCCGCCCACCUGCUCAGCUGGCCCUCAGCCAUGCUGGCCGCCUCCUGGCCUCCUCGACUAUGGCUUCUGUCCCCAACACCCUGCGCCUGGAGUUGUGGGAGCCUGGGCCCCGCGACGAGGGUCUCUACAGCUGCUCUGCCCACAGUCCACUGGGCCAGGCCAAUACAUCCCUGGAUCUGCGGCUAGAGGGUGUGCAGGUGACCCUGGCUCCAUCAGCUGCUGUGCCCGAGGGAACCCCCAUCACGGUGACCUGUGAAGACCCUGUUGCCCGCCCGCCCUGUCUCUACACCUGGUACCACAACAGCCGCUGGCUGCAGGAGGGGCCAGCCGCCUCUCUCUCGUUCCCGGCAGCCACACGGGCUCAUGCAGGUGCCUACUCCUGCCAGGUCCAGGAUGCUCAGGGCACUCGCAGCUCCCGGCCCAUAGCCCUGCAAGUCCACUAUGCCCCUCGGGGUGUGAUCCUGUCGUCUUUUCGGGACUCGAGGCUCAGCCCCAUGGCCGUAUUACAGUGUACUGUGGACAGUGAGCCACCUGCUGAGCUGGCCCUGUCCCUCAAUGGCAAAGUGUUGGCCACCAGCCAUGGGGUCCACAGCUUGGCAUCGGGGACAGGCUAUGUCCAGGUGGCCCGCAAUGCCCUGCGGCUGCAGGUGCCAGAUGCAUCCUCAGGUGACAAGGACACCUACGUGUGCACAGCCCACAACUUCCUGGGCUCAGUCAGCACCACGGGUCAGCUGCAGGCAGAAGGUGUGCAUGUGGUGGCCGAGCCGGGGCUGGACAUGCCUGAGGGUGCACCACUGAAUCUGAGCUGCCAGCUCCCUGGUGGCCCUACGCCCAUGGGCAACUCUACCUUCACUUGGUUCUGGAAUGGCCAGCGGCUAGAUGUGGAGCCUGUGGCCACCCUUGCCUUCGCCCACGUGGCCCGUGCCCAAGCUGGGCUGUACCACUGCCAGGCUGAGCUCCCCAGUGGGGCCAGUGUCUCUGCUCCCGUCCUGCUCCGUGUGCUAUACCCUCCCAAGACGCCCACCAUGACGGUCUUUGUGGAGCCUGACAGUGGCAUCCAGGGCAUCCUGGACUGCCGUGUGGACAGUGAGCCCCUAGCCAGCCUGAGCCUCCACCUCGGCAGUAGGCUGGUGGCCUCUAGCCAGCCCUGGGGUGCUCCUGCAGAGCCACACAUCCAUGUCACAGCCACUGCCAAUGCCCUGAGGGUGGACAUGGAGGAGCUGAGGCCCAGUGACCAGGGGGAAUAUGUGUGUUCUGCCUCCAAUGCCCUGGGAUCUGCAUCUGCUUCUACCUAUUUCGGAACCAGAGCCUUGUAUCGCCUGAGUCUGUUCCAGAAGCUAGUCUGGUUUCUGGGGCUGCUGGUGGGCCUCCUCUUCCUGUUGUUGGGCCUGGGGGCCUUCUACACCUGGAGGAGGCAUUUUCGUAAACUGAACAUGGGUGAGAAUUUGGUGGAGAUGACUUCUCAGAAGGAAACCAUGCAGGAGGAGGAGGUCACCAGAAUCUCCGAUGACUUGGGCCUCGUGAACAAGGCAGCAUUGAGUCCCGACUGCCUCUGUGAAAACAACUCUACAUCAUCCGACUUUCUAUGACCUGGCUCCAAACCCCUUGCCAAGAAAAACGGGCAGUGAGAAGUGGAAGUGAAUCCUAAUUUACCCAGGAGAGUGCUGACCCUGGGGGACUCUGAGGAGAAAUGAACUGGCCAUGUUGUCUAUUUCUCUUUUCCUUUUCUGAUUCCUCUCUUUAUCUUCCAGUGGACUGCCCCUCACAUCUUCUUCCUCCAAGUCCACCCUGGACUUCUUAGAUGGAUUAGAAAAGGAGAGGAGCUUCCUACAUCCUCACAGGCUGGUCAAAGCACUCUGUAUUAGCUAGAGUAGAAGUUAGGCUGCUCUAAGAAGAGACCAAAUACAGUAACUUCAACAUGAGGGAAUUUUGUUUUUCUCUCCCAUACUAAUUUGGGUAUGCUAUAGUAGUUUAAGGUGUCAGAAUCUGAGAUCCUUCUAUUUGAUGUUUCUCCACCCCUGAAAUGUUACCUUUGAUUGUGAGGUUCACGGUUGGCCCCCCCUGUGUUCACAUUUCAUCCAGCAAGAAGUGGAAACCAUGUAAGUUGAAGGCACACUGAUUCCCAUUGUGGACACAAUCCACAACUCACCAGUCAUUUCCAGUCACUCCCCAUUGGCUAGAAUUGAGUCACGUGGCCACCCCAAGCUGUAAAGGAUUCUCGGAAAUGUAGUUUUUAUUCUAUUUACAAAGGACUCCCAACCAUGGCCUCAACCCUGAGACUUCUGGCAUUGGUGAGGUUGCUGCCAGCAGGCUACAUUUUUAGUGCCCAUCUACUGAAAGCCAGGACAUGUCUCUGGUCAUUCUGUUCUUGGGUUUCCCAGAGGAGGUGGUCCCUCUCACACAUUAAGGCUGAGGAAAUCAGGAUGGUUUGGUGGUCUCAUCAGUGAUCAAGUGUGCCCCCUCCCUCUCCCUCGGGGGCUUGUGUGCCAGAGGCUGUUAAGCGGAAUGAGGGUCACAAAGAAGGAAUAGCUUGCUCCUGUGAAGUCAGUGCCUGAGAGGAGCUAGUUCUUGGGUGGUCUGGUGACUCCCAUCCCAGCCUGGUGGCAAAUGAUGGGAGGAGCAAAAAGCCUGCCUGGAAUUUGGGAGAGUACCGGGGAGUUGUCAGAGAGGCUCACAGAUUGGGAGGCCGGGUAUGCUCCAUGUAAUCACAGCCAGUGAGCAGCUUCCUGGUCCCAGGUCCCAUUUCUCGUAGUGCCUGAUUGCCAGACUCUUCCUGGGAGCCUGUCUGGCAUGUCCUUCCAAUAAACAGCCAUUCUGUGGCGUGACUGGAGUGAGUCUCCUUCUCACAA